AUGUCGGCCCUAUUCACCGACACGAGGGACGUGCAAAUUGCGCGUACCUCGAAGAGGGCCGACAUCCGGGUCCGUGACCUGGACGACUCAGUCACCGCGGAAGAUGUGGUCUCCGCGGUGGCGGUCGCCGGGGGUUGCGGGCCCGGUGAAAUCAAGGCCGAGGCAAUACGACCCGGAGCGGACCGAAUGGGGACAAUCUGGAUUCAGUGUCCCCUUUCGGCCGCACGGAAGAUAGCGGGCGGGGGGCGACUCAAAGUUGGGUGGUCCUCCGUCCGCGUCGAGGCCCUGACAAAGCGCCCCCUCCAGUGCUUCAAAUGCCUGUAG